ACAAUAUUUUAUAAAAACAUCCGGCGAGGGUAGAAUACGAUUGUAUCAUUCUAACGGAAAACGUACACCAUACGGUGUCUCGACAUCGUUUUUUAACAUGUUUUCGAAUCACGAGGGGACAGACUUCGCCGAGAAUCAUUAUUACAGAUUAAAUCGAAUAUUUCUCUCAGCGGUCAGUCUGUGGCCAUAUCAACACUCAAAAUUUACGAUAAUUAGUCAUAUCUUCCAUUUUACUAUAAUGGGAUCUUUCAUGUUUUUUCAGUUAUCAUCGUUUCUCACGUCACAAUUCACCCUGGAUCUCUGUAUUAUGGUACUCUCGUACACCGUACCAGCUUGCUUAUAUAUCCUACAAUACUACUCAUUUUGUGUUAAUCGCAAUGGUGUGAAACAAAUUUGGGAAAAUAUGCAUAAUAGUUGGAGUCUUUUGAAAGAUGAAACGGAGCGUAACAUAAUGCGACAACAUUCAUCCUCCGGAGAACUAUGCACGAUACUAGUAUCAUUUGGUAUCAUCAUAAGUCUUAUUCUGUAUGCACUCACUGAACUGUUACCGGUUAUUCUUGAUUUAAUUGUUCCGAUUAACGAAACUCGUCCGUACAAGCUCCACGCUUCGAUAGAAUAUUUCGUCGACAAAACAACGUACUUUUAUCCAAUUAUAUCCCAUUGGAUGAUUUGCUUGUUUUUCGGUUGCUUUGUAUUUAUGGCCACAUGUACGUUAGAAAUGGUAUACCUCGAACAUAUUUGCGGAUUGUUAAAAAUUGCCAGCUAUCGUAUCGAACGUUCAAUUGACAAAUAUAUGUCGAGUAAUUCUGCGCAAACAGAUCGCGUCGCUCAUCGAGACAUAAUCGCUGCAGUGGAUAUACACCGAAAAGCCCUCGAAUGCAGUGAAUUUCUGGCAAACAGUUUUAUGCCAUAUUUUUUCUUCUUAGUUGUAGUCGGCGUUGCAUCUGCAAGUUUCAAUUUAUUUCGACUGCUUAGAGCAAUAAUUUUGCGAAAUAUGUACGAGUUUAUCGCAUCAAUAUUAUUCCUUGGCUUUCAUUUUAUAUUUAUGUUUUUGGGUAAUUACUAUGGGCAAAAACUUACGGAUUGUAAUAACAAAAUCUUUUAUACUACAUAUAAUGUACAAUGGUAUAAGACUCCAGUGAAGGUCCAGAAAUUACUAUUAUUUAUAAUGCAAAGUACUACAACGCCAUAUAUUAUAAAUGUCGGCCACUUAAUUUUGGCUUCUAUCGAAGGUUUUUCUAAGCUCAUAAGCAUGUCAAUGUCUUAUUUUACGAUAAUUUAUACUCUGCUAUAACGGAAAAUGGACAACACGCGUGAAUUGCCGAUUAUAAAUUAUAUGUAGCUGAUAAAAAUACAAAGUAAAUCAUUUGCACAUGGAAAGAAACACUAAUUAUUGUAAUGUAUAAGAUAGUUAGUUUGUUUUACGAUAUUUUAUUCUAUAAGAUAACGAAAACAUAACAAUCAAAUGUAUGUGAAUAUAUGUGAGAGAAAAAAUAACACCGACACAAAUAUUCAGAUACA